CGAAGAGGAAAGACUGCUUUAAAGAAAAAUAAUUUAAAUUAGAGUGAAAAUCUGUUAUGCAAGUAACGAUUUCCGACCUCUUGCCGGGGUUCCUGGUGGCUAUAGCCGUGCUCUGGAGCUGGCAGCUAAAUGUCUUAGCCCUGGCGCAGAUUGAACCCCGCCAUGAAACCUGCAACAAUGAGCAGCGAUACGAAAACCAGGUGAUGUGCGAGGGCAAGAGCUUUGGGGCCUUGGUUCCCUAUCCGGAUAAUUGUAGCCUCUUCCUGGUGUGCGAUUGCCUAUACCCGACGGUGAAGUUGUGUCCAGCAAGUCUCUGGUGGGAUAACAAGACUCAGCAGUGCAAUUAUCCCCAAGCAGUGGAGUGUAUUUACUACACGAUAGAGACCCCAGUGCCGACCGAUGGAACCACCAAAAUAACGCCGGAACCAACGUCCAGUACCGAUAAGAUAACCACAGACAGUACUUCGUCUACUCCCUCUAGUUAUUCUCCAACUUCCAGUUGGGAUCCACCAGCUGCACCACCCGGAGUUUCAGAAGAUUUCUGUCGUAACUACAAGGAUGGCUCGCUCCAUUCGUAUCCCUACAACUGCCAGGCCUACAUAAACUGUACCCACGGUUGGCCCGUGCUUAAUUAUUGUAUUGAAGACAAGCUCUUUAACAUAAUCCUGGGCAUUUGCGAUACUCCCGACGAAGUGGAUUGCGAUGAGAGACCUCUACCCACAACCACCACAGAAAUACCACGCACUUCAACCACUGAAGAGGAUGGGGUUUGCGGCCCAACUCCGGAGGGUGUAGAGGAAGAUUACUGUGUGCCCAAAGGAAAUGGUUUCUAUGAGUAUCCCUACAAUUGCAGUGGGUACUUGAGGUGCAAGAACGGUUGCACUGACUUGGAUUACUGCCAGCCGGAUAAGCUCUUUAAUUCCUGGCUGCAUAUCUGCGAUACACCCGAUUCCGUGUCGUGCGAUCCCUCGCCAUAUCCUACAACUCCAAGAACUACCGAGAAACCAACCACUCCCUCAAUAACUGCAACGCCUUCUCCUCGACCCACCGAAGGAUCAACCACAACCACAACCACAGAAAGAUCUACUACAACCACUGAAAUUAUUUCAACCACUACUGCUGGACUUCCCUCUGAUGUGGAUCCAAAUGACUGCAAGGAUCAACCUGAUGGCACUAUAUUCGCCUACAUCGGAAAUUGUUCCGAGUACCUGAUUUGCAAAGGCAAUCAAGUGGCAAUGGGCCAUUGUCCGCCUACCACCCUCUUUAAUCCCGAUCUGCUUCUAUGCGAUGAUCCCAAAGAUGUUGUGUGCCUUGGAGAUCGCACAACCACUCCUAUUCCAACAACUGAAUCCACCACAACCACUCAAAGAACCACUACAACAACGACGACCACCACGGAAGCCACCACUUUAGGUCCCGAUCAGUUUUGUGCAGGCCAGGAGAUGGGAGCUUCAUUUCCUUAUACCGAAGAUUGCAGCAAGUAUUACCUUUGCUUGGGAGAUGGAAAGUGGGCCUUGGCACCUUGCAUAUAUGCAAGUUACUUCGAUCCUUCGACAGGUCAGUGCGGACCGAAUGUGUCACCCGAUGCUUGUAAGGCCUCGCAAGCCACCACCACAACAACAACCACAGAGGCCACGACAACAGAAAGAACUACCACCCCCAAAACCACAACUCUGGAACCCUCAACCACUCAAAAGACAACCACAACUGUGUCUCCAACCAGGGGUAUUUGUGGGGGUCGGAAUGAGAAUGAGAAUAUAGCUUAUCCCAAGAAUUGCAAUAAGUAUAUUGUGUGCGUUGCACCGAUUCCAAUAGCCUUCUUCUGUCCCGAUGAUACAUUCUUCAGUUCGAAGUUACAGAAAUGCAUCGAUAGUUGGGAGGAAAGUGAUUGUGAGGGAGAUCAGAGCACAACGACGGCAGAACCAGGCUACACAAGACCACCUCAGGAACCGACCAUGUGCACAAAUAGCAGUCGGGAGACCUUUCCAUAUCCGGAUAACUGUCAAUGGUUCAUACGUUGUGUGGAUGAUUACAUUUACAUGACGGAUGUUUGUAAUUGUGGGGAGUACUACGAUCCCAUUUCUGAAAAAUGUGGAGCGGAUGUUCCAUCCGAUGCCUGUCGAUGGGAUUACACUUCAACCACAUCGACUACAACUGAACCCACUACAACUGCACCGGUUACAAGACCACCACCUCAGAAAGGACCCUGUGACGAUGUAAAUGAUGGUGACCUGGUCGCCUAUCCUAACGAUUGCUCAAAAUACAUCAAGUGCGAUAGGCCCAUUGCAGAGGCCUUCGAUUGCGACAAAGGAGAUGAGUUUAGUGUGGAGCAAGGCAAGUGUGUGGAUGCCUCUCUUGCUAACUGUUCGUUUACAACCGCUGCUAAGCCAUCGCAAUCGACAACGACUUCACAUGAUGGGGAAACGAGUACAACAACUUCUGAACCAUCAACGGAAUCAACAACGCAUUCAACAACAGAAUCAACAACACAAUCAACAGCACAAUCAACAACGGAAUCAACAACGGAAUCAUCAACAGAAUCAUCCACCGAAUCAUCGACAGAGUCAACGACAGAAACAUUAACAGAAUCGACUACAGAAACAUCCCCAGUAACUACUACAAAACCUUCAACAGCUUCUACAACUACUGAUCCAGAAUCUUCCACAACUGAAUUGGGAACAACCACCUCUUCUACUACUACGAAACCUGCUGAGGGAAUCUGUGAAGGCAAGACAGACGGCUCUUUGGUACCGUAUCCCAAAAAUUGCAGCAAGUUUAUUAAAUGUGAACAUCCGAUACCCGUUGGCUACGACUGUCCAAGCGGCAUGGAGUUCAGUCCCACUGAUCUGUUUUGCAUGGAUCCCCAAUUAGCCGGUUGUAGUCCAAAGGUAACCACACCAGGACUGACAACUGUGACCACAGAUUCUUCGACUACUAAGGAGCCUAUCACUACCACUACACCAUUAACCACGCUUUCAACAACUACUAGUGAUUCAACAACACCACGGACUACGGAAUCAACAACAGUUUCAACAACUCCGAAGACAACUAUCACAGAACCAACUACAGCUUCUACAACACUCGAUACAACCACUACCGAAUCAACAACAGUUUCAACAACUCCGAAGGCAACUACCACAGAAUCAACUACAGUUUCAACAACACCCGAUACAACCACUACCGAAUUAACAACAGUUUCAACAACUCCAACGACAACCACAAAAUCAACAACAGAAUCGACAACAACAACUGUACCAGCCCCAACAACUCUAGAUCCGUACACCCCCAAUAUUUGUUGUGGCCAAGCUUUAGGAACUGUUCUUGCCUAUCCCAAAGAUUGCAGUCGCUAUGUCGUUUGUGAUUACCCCAUUCCAUAUGCUGUACUAUGCGAGGAGGGAAUGGUCUUCGAUGAUAAGCUUCUUCAGUGCACAGCUAUGCCAAAUGAAAGGUGUCUGUAUGUGGAUUAUUAA